UCUGAGAGCUAGGAACCUGAAGACUAGAAGACUUGUUUCCUGCGGGCACUUUACUGUUGCCAUUCAGACCUGCAUGAUUUUUCCAGUAUAUAUAUUAUUCAAUAACUUAUCUGCUUGAAGCAAUGUCUGCAGCAGAAGAGGAUACAGAGCUGAGAGAUCUUCUGAUUCAAACUUUAGAAAAUAAUGGCGUACUCAAUAAGAUCAAGGCAGAACUGAGAGCAUCUGUGUUUUUGGCCUUGGAAGAACAAGAAAAAGUGGAGAACAAAACACCACUAGUUAAUGAGGAUUUGAAGAGGUUUCUAAAUACAAGAGAUGGUCGCUUGGUAGCCAGUGUUUUUACUGAAUUCCUUCAGUUCUUCAAUCUGGACUUUACCUUAGCAGUGUUUCAACCGGAAGCAUGUCUGGGAAAUAUAAUGGAUGAACGAAGUCAGUUAGCAAAAGACCUUGGCAUAAUAGAAUCUGAAGGAAUCAAAAAUGGCCCAUUGAUACUUGAACUAGUCAAAAAAUGCUACCAAAAGGAAAAGAUUAUUAGCAGCGGAGAAGGUGAUAAGCUUGUCUCUCUUCCUAAGGAGUUGUCACCGAAACAAAUAGCAGAAGCUCAGAAAAAAUUUGAUUUCUACGAUAAGGAUAAAAAUGGUGAAAUUAGUAAGGAUGAACUACGAACCCUUUUUGUAGAUCUUUUCCCUCAUUUCCAUAGAAGUAUGCUUGACAGAUAUGUAAAUGACGAGUUUAAAGCUGCAGAUAAAGACUUCAAUAAUGGAAUUGACUUUCGUGAAUUCAUUGGGAUGUACAAGCGACUGUUUAUUCACUGUAGAAGUGUUGUAGCACAUGAUGUAUCUGACAUUCAUUCACCACGGCGAACUGCGGAUGCGAAGACAAGUAUACAAGGCAUAGUCGGCAAGACUGACGGCACCAGUGAGAAAAAUAGCUCUAUUAACAAGGAGUCAAUGAAAUUGGCGAACCAGACCACAGUGAAUGAUGGGAAUGCAUAUUCUAAGCUGAGCAACAUUCCAUAUGAACCUAUUAAGAGACAAACUCUAGAACUGGAUGAGGACAGUAUUGAAGGAGACUCUUUUUUUGAUGAUCCAAUACCUAGACCAGAGAAGACCUAUGGAUGCCAGUCUACUAGUGAUGAAAGCAAUUCAGGUGAUGAAUUUGCAUCUGUGGUUGGGAGCAGAUCUCAAAAAUUUAAAAAUGAACAAGGCAAAUUUGAUGAACACCUUUCUGCUCGAUCUUAUUCACCACCAUUAAUAUUUGAGAAAAGUUCACACUCUGCAGGUCUAAAUUCCAAAGAAUCUGAUCGAGAGAUCAAUCUUACCUCUUUGAAGGACAUUAAAACUGUAGGCGGCAAAGUUGCAUCUCUUGAGCUAGGAGGUGGUAAUGAAGAUGACUACAUUGACGAUUUCAACAGCACCAGUCACAGGUCAGAUAAAAGUGAUGUCAGUAUUGGAGAAGAAAUAGAUGAAGAAGAUUUAUCUGUAGAUGACUUGUUGGGUAGUGACAAGCUUGAUGACCUAACAACGGACCACACCAUAUCUCAGAUAAGCGAUGUUGCAGAUUACUUGGAAGAAGUUUCAUAGAUAUCGCCAUAUUUUACUUUAUUUAACAUUAGCUAAACUAGGCAAGAGACAUUAUUUUUUUUACUUCCCUUCUAGAAUGUAUUACUAUUACUGAUUUUUUUUAUUUUUAUUACAUAUCAAAAAAUGUUGUUACUCCUUUUAAGGCUCCUGAAAGCAAGUAACUGAAAUGUCAAUAAUAGACUCUUAAGGUACCUGCCACAAAGACAAGAAUUUCAUAAUAAAAAUAAAAAAAACAAAAAAAUAAAAAGUUUUAACUACAAAGGUAAAUAGUUCAAAUUCAAUAGCGCUUCACACAAGAUAUACUAGGAUGUGAGCAUAGAAUUGGUAAGCUACCAGUUGAUGGGACCUCUACUGCAUCAGAAUCUAUAACCCAUUUUAUCUGUAAAAUUUCUGGAGAGUUAACCACUGAAAAAAUAAAAUCCCUGUUUAGUAGAAAUACUCCAAAUUAAAACUUGCAAGCAUUUAAUUAUGCAUUUCUUAAUUGAGGUAAAUCUAAAAGCAGCUUGCAGUUAUCUUGUCUGCCUUUUCAAGCCCUCUACUUCAUCCCCUGCCCAGACUUUCCAUGGCUAUUAAAUCAGACUUCCCAAUGCAGAUCAAUGAGCAGUUUUUGCAAGGCAGGUGCUCUGAGCAAUUGUUGCCUCUUGAGAACCAAACUGGUUGUCUGAUUAAAAACUAGAGUGGUGGUACCAGGUUAAUUUAUACAAGUCUCCAUUUCUAUUCAAAUCUGUAAAAUUAAAAAAGAGGACACAUUCUUCACACAAAAAGUUUUUUAGCAAACCAAACUUUGGAGUGUCCUUUUAAUAUUAAAUCAGUCUUGUACAUCUAGUGUUUCAACAAGUUGUUCCUUACUCAUGCCAAAUCAACCUUCAGUGGAUCGAGAGUGUCAUGUUAAUAUUGUGACAUCAGUAAAUGACUGUAAGAUGAUCCCAAAAGGAAGAAAAUAUUUUAAGUCAUUUGGAAAAUUAUUACAGUCUGAUUUAGUUGAGGGUAUGUUUUCUUCUAAUUUAGAUAAGUCAGCAUGUCCAGGUCUUUCACCAAGUUGUGC